AUGAGCACAUCACGUGUUUCAAGUGCCAGAGAUCAGGGGCAGAUGUACCGGGGGGCGGCGUCGACGGUCGCCCCCCCUUGCCGGCGAAACAAAAAAAAUAUAUCGGAGCGCGGCGGUAAAAAACUCUUCACAGUGACGAAGAAAAAAUCGCAGUCGCACUCGCAGCAGGAGAAAAAACAGAACGGUGUCGGAGAAAACGAAGAGACGAAGAACAAGUAUGAUGUUGGUGCUAGAGAUCGUAUUCGAAAAGAAUAUGUUGCUAUGGGCCCUUGUCAAUCUCGAGGCCAUAAUUUUCCAAGAAAAAAAGAUAGACCUAGUAAUAUAGGGGUUAGAGGAGAUGAUGUGUUUACGAGAUCUGGUUUCAUAAAUUGGAAAAAAGCAAUUGAAAAAUUCAAUGAGCAUGUAGGUGGAGUUGGUAGUGCGCACAAUGAGGCAAGAAUACAGUUUGAGGGUUUCAAGAAUCAAAGACAAAGUGUGGAAUAUUCAUUUUCAUCGGGGAAACAUGAGCUUGAAGUUGCUUAUCAGUGUCCAGAAGUUGCGACAGUUGUUGGAAUGAAUGCACCUGGAAAUAAUCAAAUGAUUGCCCCAAAAAUUCAAAAGCAAUUGGUGAAUGCUUGUGCAGUUGAGACCACAAAUGCUAUUCUAGAUGAUCUUGGAGACAGAUAUGUGAACAAACAUGGAGAGGUGAUUGAACGAUUUAUGGCUGUAGUUCAUGUUGUAACAACUACGGCUGCUUGUUUGAAGGAGGCAAUCGACUCUUUAUUUGCUAAGUAUGGUUUGUCAGUGGCGAGAUUGAAGGGUCAAGGAUAUGAUGGUGCUUCAAAUAUGUUUGGAGAAUUUAAUGGCUUAAAAUCACUGAUAAUGAAAGAAAAUCCAUAUGCAUUGUAUGUUCAUUGUUUUGCUCAUCAACUCCAGCUAGUGGUUGUAGCUGUUGCUCAAGCAAAUCAAUAUGUUUAUGAUUUCAUGUGGAUUGUUGGUUCGAUUGUGAACACAUCUGCAUCAUCUUGCAAAAGGGCCGACAAACUUCGACAACUUGAACAUGACAGAAAAGUUAAACUUCUUGAAAGAGGAGAGAUUAGUUCUUGUAGAGGACUAAACCAAGAAACUAGUCUAGCUAGACCUGGAGAUACACGAUGGGGGUCUCAUCAUUCAAUUUUAUGUCAUAUUGAACAAAUGUGGCCAUCUGUUAUAGAGGUUCUUCAAAAUUUGAUUGAUGAUGGUGAUCGUUCUUCUAAGGGUUUAAGUAGAACUUUGGUUGAAAGAAUGGAGAGAUAUGAAUUUGUGUUUAUUCUACUAUUGAUGAAACGUAUAUUGGCAAUCACAAAUCAUUUGUCAACCGUUUUAAAAGAGAAAGAUCAAAAUAUUAUGAAUGCGAUGCAUUUGAUCAAUAAUAUGAAAUGCAAAUUGCAAAAGUUGAGAGAUUCUGGAUGUGAUAUUUUACUUGAGGAUGUGAAGAAAUUUUGUAACACUCAUUCCAUUGAAAUAAUUAAUAUGACAGAUAACAUCAACAACCGUAGUCGUUUGAAGAGAGAUGGAAUAAAUGUUAAUUUUUAUCACUACUACCAUAUUGAAAUUUUUUGUGAGGUUAUCGAUAUUAUUCUACAGGAGAUGGAUAGUCGUUUCUCUGAAACAACUGCAAAUUUGUUGAUUUAUAUGUCAUGCCUUGAUCCUAGGAACUCGUUCUCUAGAUUUGAUGUACAGAAGUUAGUGCGUUUAGCUCAUUUUUAUAAGGAUGAUUUUUCUUGGAAUGAGCAUAUGUUGGCUGAACAAGAGCUUGAAACAUAUAUUGAUGAUGUCAGAUUAGAUGAACGAUUUGAAGGCAUUUCAAAUUUGGGAGCUAUAGCAAAGAAAAUGAUUGAAACAAUGAAGAAUCGUGUAUUUCCUUUGGUUUAUCGGAUGAUUGAGCUAGCCUUACUUCUUCCAGUUGCUACUGCAACCGUUGAAAGAGUGUUUUCGGCAAUGAAUAUUGUCAAAACAGAUUUGCAAAACAGAAUUGGAGAUGAAUGA